CUGGAGCCGCGGGGCUACGCAGACGCAGCACAGGCCCAGAACCAGAACCAGAACCAGAACCACAUCCCAGCCCCCCGUCCCAGCCAGGACCACAGAGGCCGAUCCCCCACCCGCCCCCCCCCACGCAUGAGAGCCAUGAGGACGUCCAGGAAGGGCAGCGUGGAGAUGCCGGCCUUCGUGCGGCAGCUGGUGAAGGAGACGGAGAAGAGGGUCAGCUCCUUCUUCAAAGGGGGCCGCGGGGGGGCGGCGGAGGGGGAGCCCGCGGAGGGGGAGCGGGAGGAGGCGGUGCCCAGCCCCUACCUGGACCGGCCGGUGCUGGACAAGCUGACGGAGGAGGGCUGCGCCCGCUGGGGCCUGACCUACGCCCUGGGGAGCAUGCAGGGCUGGAGGGCCAACAUGGAGGACUUCCACAACUGCGUGCCGCAGCUGGGCGGGGAGCUGGCCGAGUGGAGCUUCUUCGCCGUGUUCGACGGGCACGCCGGCAGCAGCGUGGCCCAGUACUGCUCCCAGCACCUACUGGGACAGAUCCUCACAACAGGUGGAAUCAGACAAGAGGACAACCCUGAGAAGGUGAAGGGGGCCAUCGUGGAGGGCUUCCUGCAAACGGACAAGCACCUGCACUCGGUGGCCCGGCGGGAGGGCUGGGAGCGGGGCGGCACCACGGCGGUGGCCUCCCUCAUCUCGCCCUACUACAUCUACUUCGCCAACUGCGGCGACUCCCGGGCCGUGCUGUGCCGGUCCGGCCAGGUUUGCUUCUCCACCGAGGACCACAAGCCCUACAGCCCCCUGGAGAAGGAGCGCAUCGAGGGCGCCGGCGGCUCGGUGUCCCUCCAGCGGAUCAACGGGUCCCUGGCGGUGUCCCGGGCCCUGGGCGACUUCGGCUACAAGGGGGCGGAGAACCGGGCGGCCUGCCAGCAGAUGGUGUCCCCGGAGCCGGAGGUGUUCGUGGUGGAGCGCUCGCCGGGCGACGAGUUCCUGGUGCUGGCCUGCGACGGGGUGUGGGACAUCAUCAGCAACGAGGAGCUGUGCGCCUUCAUCCACAACCGGCUGCGCGUCUGCACCGACCUGAGGGACGUGUGCGCGCAAGUCAUCGAUCUGUGUCUGUAUAAGGGCAGCCUGGACAACAUCAGCAUCAUCCUGCUGUGCUUCCCUGGAGCCCCUCAGCUGUCGGCAGAGGCAUUACACCAGGAGGCCGAGCUGGAAGACCUGCUGGAGUCCAAAGUUGCAGAGAUCUAUGAUGAGCUCUGUGCCACAGGGGAGGAACCUGACCUGCUCUCUGUCCUCACAGUCCUGGCAUCAAGCGUUAUUCCUGGAUUACCUCCCGGUGGAGGCAUACAGAGCAAGAGGAACUGUAUUAUCUCUGCUUACUACCAACAAAGAGAAACAUACAAGCCUACGCCACCAAAUGGUUUGGGAGGCUCAUGAGAGGCCCGGACGGAUUUUUACCUCUCGGAGAUGAACAGGGACUGUAAUUAAUGUGAAUACUAAAGCUGUUUCCCCCCGUGUGUGCAAUUUCAAAAGAAGGGAGAUCCUGAACAGACAGAGGAGUUUGUUUACAUCAUGCUAGCAAGCAGCGUUUUCUGGUAACAAAUACAAUGCAAAAAUAUAUCUAUUAAAGCCUGAUACUUUAUAUUUAUAUGAGAGGGAUAUUUUGUUAAAACUUACUCAGAGACACAGACCAAGCAACAAACCUCAGCCUCUUAUCCAGCGAACAGACGGUACAGAUGAUAAAUCUAAAUGAGACACUUUAAAACUGAGUGACAAGCGCCUAUGAAGCUGUGCAUUUUCAUUGGAUAAAAGCAGGAAUGUUAAUACAAGUCAGGUACUAUUUAAAGAAAAUAAGAUGUUUUAAGAAUAGAUAUAAAUAAGAAUAAAUCAUUUAAGUUUGCCAUUCUAGUCCAGCAACGGAAAUGUGAAGAAACAUUUUUUGAUAGCCAGCUGAAAGUUAGCAUGCAGCUAAAUGAUACCACAGGUCCCAACAGGAAAAGAGCAACAACGCAAAGAGUUUGGCACCAACAAAUGUUUCUGUGUCUUUGCUGAGAGUGGCCAGCGACAAAAUAAGCUAAUCAAAUAUCUUAUUCUACACACGAAAAGGAAAAAAUACAUUUCACAACAUCAUUAAAAGCUCUUAACUCGUUCAAAAGCGAUGGGAGCCAUUUUGUUUUUCCAGAACAUUCAGAAAGGAACCUUUUAGCUGGACGUUUGACAGCAAGACAAAACAAUAAAGUAAACAUAUCCAAAAAGGUUUGCGGUUAAUCUGCACUUGCUGACAAAUCGUGUUUCUUUCUAUAUAUUUACCACAUUUCUCAACACAUUCUUCUAAGUGUCCAUGAAAUGUAUUCUUUCUGUGAACUGGUCUGUGUACUGUGCUGCCUUAUUCACCUUUUAUGUAGUUGAUAAAACAGCAACAGAACGGGUCUGCAUGGGUUAUUUUACCUGCAUCGUAAGAUAUUGUUGAGCCUUUGAGUCGUUUUCUGUGUAGACUUUACAUGAUAAGAGUAAUGAUUGUUUUAAACCUAAAUAAAGAGCAUCUAACUGACGACCUUCUGUGUUUUGACAUUUAAAUAUUCACCAAAUAAGUUUUUCUCCUUGCUUAUAAAUUGGUCAUUUUUUUUCUGACACUUCUAAUGAGACCUGUAAAAAGGAGUCUUUCUCUUGACUAAAACAGUUAAGAACUCGAUCAAAUGAAUUAAAAAUGAAUUUUCCCCCU